UUAGAAAUCAACAAUAUUAUUAUUAUUUAUUUUUGUAACAGUAUAAUAAGUUAAAUUUCCUAUUUAUUACAAUUUUGAAUGUUGAAUGUGCAUGAUAAUAAUAUAUAAUAAUAAAUUUUUAUUGUAUAUAAGUAUGUAUGUUAAGAGUACAAUUGCGGAAUGUAAUAAUAUUGUAUUAUUGCGUGAGAAUGCAUAAUGUGAGAGCGGCGGUUUGUAAUUUAAAGUGAAUAUUGCAAUUUAGUAGCAUUGUACAGUUGUAUUUAUCAAUUUUAAAGCACUUUAUAUAAACGUAAUUAUAAUAUUAAAUAAACAGAUAUUUUAACGUAACGUUUUUGUAUAUUAAUUUAACGUAUAUUAUAAUACCUGGUGUUGAUGAAAUUGUUAACCUUACUAUUGGAAUUUUGUUUAAAUUAUCCGCAAUCUGUUGCAAUUAAAUUUGCUCUUUAAAAUGAUAUAGAAAAAGGGUGUUAAAUAUUUAUCCAUUUAAAAUUAUAUCCUAACUUUUAUUACAAAGUAACGAAUUAUGCAAAUAUGUAGAUAUUUCAUGAGAAUUUAAAUAUUCUGGAUUUUCUAUUUAUUUGAAAAAUCGUUGUAAUUUUUAUCACACUUACUAUUAGUUGCAAUUAUGGAAUUUAAUAGCAUUGUACGGUUGUAUUUAUCAAAUGUAAUUGAAUAACAUCGUAGAGGUGAAAGAAUUGAUGUAUAAUUAGUAAAAUUGUAUUAAAGUAUGUAUUGUAAAAAUUUAUAUUUGUGUAUUGUUAUUAUUAUUUAAGCCGCUUGAGUUGUCUAUUUCGGAUUAUUGUCAUAGCUGUAAUAAUUUAGCAUCUUAAUUCGGUGGUAAUUUUUAAUUUAAUUUGUGUAAAUGACUAAAUUUGCAAAACGUGCGGCGACGGGACGGCUACGGAGGUACCAUACAUCACAGUAUUAAACAGAAGUUGUAUGAAAUUGGAUCUUGGCAGUGGUGAAAUAUGACUUCUAAUUAUUCCUUUUAUUCUUUUUCAAUUCUUUUUUUAAAUCAAACUAUUUGAUAAUCUCUGUUUAAUAGAUUGGAAGUAUAAUUUUAUAAAGAUAUUUUAUUUCAACAUAUUUUGGAGGAAUUUUUAACAUGUAUUUUCUCACUUCUAACGUUAUAAAUGUAGAUGUUUUCAACGAUUACUUAGGAGCUUUAACAACUAUUUCUUUCAAUCUGAUGGAAAUAUUUUACUGAAAAGUUAAUAAAUUUUUGCUGAAAUGUAUUUGUGCAGCAAAUCAUUACUGUGCUUGCGCCCUGCCUAGUAACGAGCAGGAGUACGUUUCAAAAUGUAACUACAGUAACCAAAACUAUAGUUCACGUAAACUAUAGAGUUUUGGUUAUUGCAGUUUUGGAACGUAUCACAGUGCGGUUACGAGAUGCCGCCAAUAUACGCAGAUUCAAAACAAGAUGAAGAAGAAGACGAAGCCGUUACUAGUCGUAGAGUAAAGUCGUCCAUCUCGCGCCUUUUCCGAGUGUAUCUAAAAAUAUGAUAUAAAUUAUUAUACCAGACAUUUUCCUGAUCUAAAACACUCCGCCUUUGCCACAAUAUCAUCGUUUCAAUCAGUUCGAGGAAAUGUUUAACCAUUGUCAGUAGGGUUAUGUUUUGGGUCGUGUCUACCGUUCGUUUAUUGUCGUUUACUUGCUGUUGUUAUCUUAAAAAUCUGAUUAUUAAUAUAGCAUUUUAUUGGCGUUGAUUUAAUAAGCAAAAUGUAUAAUCUAAUACGUACGAGUUCAUACUACAGUGUCUACAGUAAAUGGCAAAUGAAGAAAAAGUGCAUCAAAAAGUCAGGCAUUAUUGCAACUAAUAGUAAGUGUGAUAAAAAUUACAUCCAUAAUUUUUCAAAUAAAGAGAAAAUCCAGAAUAUUUAAAUUCUCAUUAAAUAUCUAUUUGCAUAAUUCGUUUCUUUGUAAUAAAAGUGUAGGAUAUAAUUUUAAAUGGAUAAAUAUUAAAAACCCUUUUUCUAUAUCAUUUUAAAGAGCAAAUUUAAUUUGCAACAGAUUGCGGAUAAUUUAAAUAAGAAAAUUCCAACAGUAAGGUUAACAAUUUCAUCAACAUCAGGUAUUAUAAUAUAAGUUAAAUUAAUAUACAAAAACGUUAUGUUAAAAUAUCUGUUUAUUUAAUAUUAUAAUUAUGUUUAUGUAAAAUGGUUUAAAAUAUUAUAAAGUUCAAACAUAAAGUUCAUAAAGUUAUUUAUACCUUGUUUUUAUAAAUUAUAUUUUACAAAUUCAUCGCUAGCUGUUAAUUCCAAUGUUACAUUAAAUAUUGGAAUAUCGAAUGUGGUAUCUGAAAUCGAAGAAGGCACUUGCAUUUUGUCAAGUAAUAACUGUGACAGUUACCAGUGCAAUACAAACCAAAAGUCUGAUUGUAAUUUAAUGUUUUGUGAUAAAACUAAUAACAAAAAUAAUAUUAAAGAUUUUGCGUGUUUGACUAAAAAUGCUCCUGCUGUCGAUGAUAAUUCUAAUACAUUGAUUGGUAAUAGCAACAACAUGAUGAGUGAUUCAUUGUUAGCUGUUAAUGCUACAUUAAAUAUUGGAACAAAUGUGAUAUCUGAAAUCGAAGAAGGCACUUACAUUUUGUCAAGUAAUAACUGUGAUAAUGAACAGUGCAAUAUAAAUCAGAAGUCUGAUUGUAAUUUAACGCUUUGUGAUCAAACUUGUGACAAAGAUAAUAUUAAAGAUUCUGCGUGUUUGGCUGAAGAUGCUUUUCCUGUCGAUGAUAAUUUCAUUACAUUAGUUGUAGAUAGUAGCAACAACAUGAUGAAUGAUUCAUUGUUAGCUGUUAAUGAUACAUUAAAUAUUGGAAUAAAUGUGAUAUCUGAAAUCGAAGAAGGCACUUACAUUUUGUCAAGCAAUAACUGUGAUAAUCAACAGUGUGAUACAAACCAAAAGUCUGAUUUGACGCUUUGUGAUAAAAUAAAUGAAGAUAAUAUUAAAGAUUCUGCGUAUUUGACUGAAGAUGCUUUUCUUAUCGAUAAUAAUUUCAAUACAUUAGUUGUAGGUAGUAGCAACAAUAUGAUGAGAGAAUCACUAAUUAAUAACGCUUCUAUCUGUUUUACUACUACAUCAAAUGUGAAUCACGAUGUCGAAAAUGUUUCGAAGAUAUCGUAUAAGCCCUCUCAUAUAACACAGGGCGCUAAAUAUUGUGAUAAAUUUAACUCUAUUGUUACGUCCGAAUAUUUUAGUGUGAGUGGACGUAGGGGAUGAAAAAUAGAGGAUGUUGAUUCCGCCCUGCGAGAGGAAAUAA